CGACGUAGCCAAGACGGGGGGAAGGGGGAUCAAUGGCAGGUCUCCUGCUUGUUCCGCUUCGUCAGUGGCUCCUUCGCGUCCCUUGCGACCGCUGGUCUUUUGGUCCUUUGCUGUCUCGCUCUCAAGCGGUGCCGACGCCGAAAAUCCUCCCUCGCGAUAGCUGGCCAUGGCAUGGAUGGUUGCCUCGCGGUACUCGUUGCGCUGCGACUCCAUCAAGAGUGGAAAGGCGGCCGAGUCUCGCAGCGAGUAGAGGACCAUGAGGGGUGCCACUUUGUCGCCCAGAGACCUGCGAAGCUUGAGCAGGCCAUCGGCGCCGAUCUCUUUGGCCUGGUUUUGCAGCCGGCCGUACGGAUGCGAGGGCACAAAGGCGAAGAAGAUGGGGUGUAGAGGGUCGCGAGUCAUCUGUCGAAUCUGCAGCGGUGGUGGGACGGGGGGCUUCUCUCCGUCACUGGGCACCGCCGUCGUAGCUGCUGCAGUGUUGUUGCUUUCGAUGUUGCUACUGCUCCUGUUGAUGCCGCCGCUACUACUGGCGCCGGAAGAGCCUUGGUCUUUGCCACCACUAUGGCGAUGGGCGCCAGGGACGGAGGGUGUGUUGGCAGUAGAUGGUGUAGCGCGCGUCUCGGCCUGCUUGAGCAAGAAUGGGUCCUCGGAGGAGGAGCUGCCCAGGACGACUGGCAUCAUUCCUUUCUCCUCCUGAGGGACGCGGUCACCGUCGCCGUUCUGUGGUUCGAUUGUGAAAAGACAGUUGUUAGUUGACGUUUGCGCAACGGGCGGUCAGACGUGAAGGAGGGACGGGGAUGAGAAAAAGCAGAAGGGUAAAAGACGGGAGAAAGAGGGAGAAGGAGAGAAAG